AAGCAAAUACAUACCAAUUUCAUAUUUUGCAAUUCAGCUAUGGCCUCCAGCAAAUCAUUGAUCACAGCUUUUGUUCUUGCUCUGACCUUCUCAAGCAUGAGCAUGAGCCUAGCAGCUCGCCAUCUUUUGCAGACAACUGCACCAAAUUUUCCAAGCAUUCCUUCUUUGCCUAAAUCAACAUUGCCUCCUUUGCCAUCACUUCCACAGUUCAACCUUCCUCCAAUGAAUUCAUUGCCCUCAUUUCCCACCUUCACAUUUCCAACUACCAUGCCCUCCAUCCCAUUCCUCUCCCCACCACCUUCCACCUCCUCUCCUUGAAAUAUUUACUUUAUGUCACGCCUCAUAUAUCCCCUGUUUGUUGUCUUUUCAGUUUAUGAAUUUCUUGUUCUUUCUUGUACUCUUUCUUGUUACUGAUUACACAGUUAUACAAUUAUCAUGUCUUUCA